AAAUAAGCGGUUUCACAGACGCGGAAGCAGCAGCACGCAGUGACGCAGCUCUGCAGAUAUGGGUGUACAAAUAAAAGUUGAAUAUUGUGGUGGAUGAGGGUACGAGCCCCGCUAUCAGGAGCUCAAGCGGGUCGUCACUGCUGAGUUCACUGAUGCGGAUGUGAGUGGCUUCGUCGGCCGCCAAGGGAGCUUUGAGAUCGAGAUCAAUGGACAGCUGAUUUUCUCAAAGCUGGAAACCAGUGGCUUCCCCUAUGAAGAUGAUAUCAUGGGUGUAAUCCAAAGAGCCUAUGAUGGCCAGCCAGUGGAGAAGAUCACCAAGAGCCAACCACCCUGUGUCAUCCUCUAAUGCUACACAUUUUAACCCUUCACUAUUGGCUCUCAAUUGAACAUCUUCAUGUUAAAGAGAUAGUUCACCCAAAAAUGAAACAAUGCUGUUAUUAUCUCAUCCUCAGGCCACCCAAGAUGUAAGGGACUGUUUUUUUCUUCUUCUUAAGUAUAACAUUAAAGAAGAUUAUUAGCUAAAACAGUUGUCAAUAGCCCCUUUCAUGCAUACAGACUUCUCUGAUUUUAUUUUGUGGCAUUUAGAGGUUGUGUAACAUUACAAAAUAAUGUUCCGGUAAUGUUACAGGAGUUUGUUCUGUCUGAAAGAGGCUUUGAUGAUAAUAAGUGCAAUUUCAAUAAGUGCAAGACAGUGCUGUAGUCACUUAAAGAGUAAAAAAAAACACAUACAGCCAAAACAAAAGUAUUACCCAUGGGCUGCUGAUGGCACAUUUAUUGAUCAGAUCAUCAAGGACCAAGGUUUCUGUUUAAAAUCUUUACUGACAAAUCUCUUUGAUGACCUGGGAUGACUAAGUUAACAGCAAGUUUUAUAUUUUUGGUUGCACUAUUCAUUUAAGAUUUCAAACAAUUCAGUCUGCAUAACUUUAUAAGGGAAGAAGUAUAAACAUCUAGAGAUCCUUGAAUGUCACCUGCUUCACUCUGCCUGUCUGGAUGCUGGACGUAAAUGAUUACCGUAACUCUAAAAUAAGCAGUUAUGGUAUGAGAACUAAAGUCCACGUAUCCAUUAAACAGAAAGAGUAAGACUGGUGAUGGUGAGGAGGAGGCCAGUGGAAGGGUUAAUGAAUUAACUAAAAGGUUUCUUUUUAAAGUUAAAGCCACAUUGCCUACUGAGGUCACUGUUCAUCUGUGGCUGGUUGUUUUUUGUGUGUGUUUGUGGGUUUAUAUACAAAAAUAUAUGCUAUGAUGCACUAAAGUACUGGUCACACUUUACAAGUAAGCUUCUUUUAGUAACUGUACAGAAUUUAUUAAUCCUACUUCAACAUCAACGAAUGUGUUAUUAAAUUCCAAUGUUUUGCUUGUUAACACGAAUUAAUGCAACUUGAGAUAAACAAAGAUUAAUAAAUGCUGUCAUAAAUCUAUUCAUGUAAGUAAAUGCACUAAAUAGAAACUUAUUGUAUAGUGUAACCAAUGUACUGAAUCUUUUGCUGCAAGAAAGGAAUGUCUAAAACAGGGGUGCCCGAACUCAGUUUUGGAGGGCCGGUGUCCUGCAAAGUUUAGUUCCAACCCCAAUCGGUUACACCUGGGCUAGCUAAUCAAGCUCUUAUUAGGCUUUCUAGAAACAACCAAGGUGUUUUAAGACAAGUUGGAGAUAAAAUCUGCAGGACACCAGCCCUCUAAGAACGAGACAGCCCUGGUCUAAAGCUUGAAUGCCUGAAAUCGCAAUAGUUUAGUGUGUCUGAGUGGAAAAAAUGGUCAUUUUUCUAGUGUCCUUUUUUUUUCCAUUAUCUCAUAUCAGCAUGAAAACAUCUUAGAUAAAUUACUUUCAUAUUGGUGAUUAAUUGAAAUGUAAGUGUCAAGUACUGUAGGGCAUGUUUUGGGCCAAUUUUGCUUGGAUGUCAAAGCUCAGGGUAUUGCCUCUCAUAAGCAUUUAAGUAUUAAAGCAUGGGUCGCAAACUCAAUUCCUGGAGAGCCGCAGCUCUGCACAGUUUUGCUCCAAUUCUAAUCAAACACAGCUGAUCCAACUUAUCAAGGUGUUUUAAAGAGUCUUGAACAGCUUGGUUAGUUGCAUCAGCUGUGUUUGAUUAGAAUUGGAGCAAAACUGUGCAGAGCUGCGGCUCUCCAGGAAUUGAGUUUGAGAUCCAUAUUACCCAUAGUACCUCCAGAUCAAACCAAACAGCAAGACUUGUAUGAUCUACUGCCCACAUGUUUGUUUUGUGUUUUUAGAAACUACUGAAGUUCCCAAUUAUGUAAUGUGAGGUUAGUAAAAUAAUUCGGCUCCUUAAAUAACAUGUUUGAUGCAUGAUUUCAUUAAUUUGAAACAAUUUAAAAUCUCCUAUGACCUGAAUGUGCCUGUACCAUUGCAUUUUACAUAAUCUUUAUUGUUACACAUGUUCUGCAUACAUCAUCAUAUUCUGUUAUUCCAAAUGAACGGUUAGUUUAAUUAUAGGGGUGCUGGCAUUAUGUUCACAUGGUCUCAUGCACAAAGAUCUGUAAUUACAUGGGUUUUAAUUGAAGUAGACUGCAAUAGGAAAUUACUGUCAGGAAUUAAUAGUCUCUUUAAUUAUUAAACCUAAUUCAGUGUAGUGGAAUGGAAGUUUCUUGUAGUGUUUGAGAGCAUAGUGAUGUUUAGAUGCAUAUUUAACUUUGUUUUGUCUUUAAAUAUGUUGUUGAUUUCAAAUAAAAAGAACUGAACAAUU